CACAAAAGCACACUCUGUUCGGCUUGCCUUGUCCUUUUUCCUUGCCAUAUGGCUACCAAGAUGGUCCUGUGUCGCUUUGUAGCCCUCGCGGCUGUCGCCUGCCUCCUCCGCCCUGGCGCGCCCGUCGAGCUCCACCGCAAGCUCUCCGGGUGGUCCGACGACGCGGGCGCGACGUGGUACGGCGCAGCCACCGGCGCUGGGAGCGACGGUGAGUCAGAUGCACGGCCGCCGGACGACGCGCGUGAAUUUUCCAUGAACCAUGCAUUUUCCCUUACACCUGCACACAAAACAAAAAUAAAAAAUAAAAUAAAUGAAUAAAGAAUCUGUAACAAAUGCCUUCCGGGGACCGGGUAUACGUGUGUACGUCGGUUUUUCCGUGCAGGUGGUGCAUGCGGGUACCAGAACGCCGUCGACCAGCCGCCGUUCUCGUCCAUGAUCGCCGCCGGCAGUCCAUCCAUCUUCCAGAACGGCAAGGGCUGCGGCGCCUGCUAUCAGGUGAAAUGCACCGGGCACGCGUCGUGCUCCGGCAGCCCGGUGACCGUGGUCCUCACCGACGAGUGCCCCGGCGGCGCGUGCCUGGACGAGCCCGUGCACUUCGACCUGAGCGGCACGGCGUUCGGAGCCAUGGCGAAGGACGGCCAGGCGGACCAGCUCCGCGGCGCCGGACACCUCAAGAUCCAGUACACUCGGGUGCCGUGCAACUGGCGAGGGCUGGACAUCGCGUUCAAGGUGGACGCCGGCUCGAACCCGAACUACUUCGCGGUGCUCAUCGAGUACGAGUCCGGGGACGGCGAGCUGGAGUCCGUGGAGCUCAUGCAGCGCGGCGGCGGCGGCGGGGGGGCGUGGGCGCCGAUGCAGCAGUCGUGGGGCGCGGUGUGGCGGUACAACUCCGGCGACACCCUGCAGGCGCCCUUCUCCGUCCGCCUCACCUCCGGCUCCGGCAGGACGGUCGUCGCCAGCAACGUCAUCCCCGCGGGGUGGACGCCCGGCGCCACGUACCGCUCGGUCGUCAACUUCGACAACUAACGAGGACGGACGGACGGACCGAAAUAACGGCACGCCCGCCCGCCCGCCCGCCGGCCGGCCGCCGGGAUGGCCGUGAAAGGCGUGGCGCUAUAGCUUUUAGUUUAUGAUUCGAGCUGUGCGCGGGUGCCUACUAUGCCGACGACGCUACUGUACUGUUGCGUGCGUGACAUGUGCAAAUCCGCGCAGUCACCGUGUACCGCCGGAAUGGCGUGUGUUUCUUUGAAUAAAAUAAAGGCUGGACCGGAAGCGAAC